AUGGAUCGCGACCAGUUCAAGACCGCGGCACACUCUGCCAUCGAUGAUAUCAUCAAUUACUUCGACAGCGUCCCCGAGCGCCGAGUCCUACCCGCCGUCGAACCCGGAUACCUUCGCCCUCUAAUCCCAGAGAACCCGCCUGAUGAACCAGAAGAGUGGGCAAAAAUUCAGGAAGAUGUUGACACCAAGAUCAAACCCGGCUUGACCCAUUGGCAGUCUCCGAAUUUCAUGGCAUACUUCCCCGCCUGCGUGACAUACCCCAGCAUUCUGGGUGAAAUGUACUCCGCCACAUUCACUGCCCCUGCUUUCAACUGGCUGUGUUCGCCAGCAUGCACGGAGAUGGAGACGAUUGUUAUGGAUUGGGUUGCGAAAGCUCUGGCGCUACCUGAGUGUUUCAGGAGUACGUCGGAGACCCAUGGCGGCGGUGUGAUCCAGAACAGUGCAAGUGAUGCUAUUGCGACUAUUAUUGUCGCCGCACGCGAGAGGCGUGUGCGGGAGCUGCUGCUUGCUGAAGGCCUGAAGGAGGGUACACCCGAGUACGACGACCGCAAAUUCGAUGUCCAAGCCAAGCUAGUCGUCAUUGCCAGUGACCAAACACACAGCAGCGGCGCUAAGGGUGCCUUAGUUGCAGGCAGUCGCUUCCGCGGCGUGACCACCCGGCUGGAGGAUAACAUGGAAAUGACCGGACCUCGUCUCCGUGAAGUUCUUGAGAAAUGCGACAAGGACGGACUUACCCCGUACCACCUCACUCUGACCUUUGGCACGACAAACACAUGCAGUGUGGACCGUUUUGCAGAGAUCAAGGCAGUUCUGCAAGAAAGGCCGGCGUGGCAGCGUAUUUGGGUGCACAUUGAUGCCGCCUAUGCUGGUGCGUCGCUCGUUGCGGAUGAGUGGCAGUAUAUUGCGAAGGACUUUGCGGAGGGUGUUGACAGCUUCAACACGAAUAUGCACAAGUGGCUGCUAGUCAACUUUGAUGCUAGCGUCCUCUUUGUCCGGAAUCGCUUGGAUCUGACGAGCGCAUUGGAUAUCACACCAACAUAUCUGCGCAACCCAUACUCGGAUAUGGGGAACGUAAUUGACUACCGGAACUGGUCUAUCUCUCUCGGUCGCAGAUUCCGCGCGCUAAAGAUUUGGUUCGUGAUCCGAAGCUAUGGUCUCAACGGCAUGAAAGCGCACAUCCGCAAGACCAUCGAUCUCGGUGACAUUUUUGCUGGUUUAGUGCGCGGUCGGUCCGAUCUAUUUGAGAUUGUCACUAAGCCAGGCUUUGGCUUGACCGUCUUCCGUGUCAAGAGCCCCCAGGCUGUAUCUAAUGGGGCCAGUGGAUCGCCUGAUCGCGUGGCCAAAGAUGAAGUGGCUGACGGCCUGACCAAGAAGAUCUCCGAGUUGGUCAACACGCGAGGCGAAAUCUUCAUCACCUCUACAGUCGUUGAUGGCGUCUGUGUGAUACGGGUGAUUAGUGGCAACGCUCUAGCCGAAGAGAAGUAUAUCCGUAAUGCCUUUGAUGUUAUCGUCCGUACAACGGAGGAGGUACUACAGGAGCACAUCCUCGUUACCGGCGCCACAGGGUUCAUCGGCGCCCAUGUCGUCGACAACCUCCUAGCUCGCGGAUUCUCAGUCCGAGGGUCGACAAGAUCAAAGCAAAAGGGAGAUCAGAUGAAGGCCGCACGUCCGCAGUACGCUUCAAAGCUUGAUUUCGUUGUUGUGGAAGACUUCACCCAGAUCGGAGUUUUCGAUUCUGUAAUGGACGGCAUUGAUGCAGUCAUCCAUGUAGCGAGCCCCUUCUUCUACGACACCACCAACAACGAGCAGGAAUUGAUCUUGCCUGCCAUCAACGGAGUCAAGUCGAUUCUUUCCGCCUCUGCCCAGCCAGGAUCAAAAGUCCAGCGACUUGUCAUGACAUCCUCCUUCGCCUCAGUGGUUAACUUGAGCAGCACUCCGGCACCAGGAUUUACGUAUACUGCCGCAAACUGGAAUCCGCUGACAUACGAGGAGGCAAUCGAUCCAAAAUCUGACUCUGUCACCGCAUACCGCGGCUCCAAAAAGUUCGCCGAGCUCGCAGCAUGGGAGUUUGUCAAGGAACAGAAGACCAAAUUCGACCUAGUGACUCUCUGUCCUCCCAUGGUCUUCGGUCCGGUAGUGCACCCCGUGCCGACAGUGGAGCAACUCAACGAGUCAAAUAUGAUGCUCUGGAGUGUGGCUGCAGGUGCAGAUCCACUUCCUAGGGCACGGGUCCCCGGUUGGAUUGAUGCUCGCGACCUUGCCGAGGUGCAUGUCCAGGCUUUGCUCACACCCGAAGCUGGCGGGAAGCGAUUUGUGGCUGCUUCGCCCGAGCCGUUCUCGUACGAAUAUGCUGCAGAUAUCAUUCGCGAUGCAUUUGAUUGGGCGAAGGAAACUGUGACAACAAAUUACAAGAUGGGUGAGAAGCCGAGUGCCUCUUAUGGAAUUGAUGGAGAAACUGUAGCCCGGGAGUUGGGGGUGAAAUAUCGGCCCUUUAAAGAGACUGUUGUCGAUUUGGUUGGGCAGAUUCGGGAACUCGCAGCUUAA